GUGUGCAGAGCCCAGGGCAGAGGAGGGCCCGAUGCCGUGCAGGACCUCAGGCCUGGGCCUCCGGAGGGCGUACGGGUGGGCCUGUGCCGCCUGCACCCUGUGACCGCACCCAGCUCCUCCUCCAUCCCCUGGCUUCUGGCCUUCUCUGCUGGAGAAACUGACGGCUUUGGGACUUUCCAGGGAGUUCUGCUCUUUGCAAGCCUCUCCUUCACUCAGGCUCCCUGUGAAAGCCACGCCCCGGGCUUGCUCGUUCUUCCAGACUCAUUGCCAGAGCUCGUUAAUCUCUACAGGAUCACCCGGUUCAGUUGAGCACCUGCAGGGGAAUUAACAAGACUCCGGAAAAGCCUGGGUUUGGGUUUGGGAUUUUAUUUUGAACCCUGUCAUGGUGAGAUAAAGUAGGUGAAUCCUAACAAAUUCAUCUAAGCAGCCACCGGGCAGAGCAAGUGCUGUAGGACUGUGACACAGGCCUUCCCAGGAGACUAGGCAUCCUCUCUUCUUGCCUCCCUGCUGCUGCUCGAGGGAGGCAUGUUCUCUCCAUCCUCACCACCUGCCGGGCUGUUGGAGAAGGUCUUCCAGUACAUUGAUCUCCACCAGGAUGAGUUCGUACAGACGCUUAAGGAGUGGGUGGCUGUGGAGAGUGACUCGGUCCAGCCCCUGCCCCACCUGAGACAAGAACUCUUCAGGAUGAUGGCCCUGGCGGCAGAGCAGCUUCGGUGCCUGGGAGCCAGCGUGGACUCCGUGGACUCGGGUUUUCAGCAGCUGCCUGAUGGUCAGACUCUCCCAAUACCUCCCAUCAUCCUGGCUGAACUGGGGAACGAUCCAAAGAAACCCACUGUGUGCUUCUAUGGCCACUUGGAUGUGCAGCCUGCUAGACGGGAAGAUGGGUGGCUCACAGACCCUUACACACUGACAGAGGUGGAUGGAAAGCUUUAUGGACGAGGAGCAACAGACAACAAAGGCCCUGUUUUAGCAUGGAUUAAUGCUGUGAGCACCUUCAGAGCCCUGGAGGAGGAUCUCCCUGUGAAUAUCAAAUUCAUCAUUGAAGGGAUGGAAGAAGCUGGUUCUGUUGCCCUGGAGGAACUGGUCAGAAAGGAAAAGGAUCGAUUCUUUUCCAGUGUAGACUACAUCGUAAUUUCAGAUAACCUGUGGCUCACCCAAAGGAAGCCAGCCCUCACUUACGGGACUCGAGGGAAUAGUUACUUCAGGGUGGAGGUGAAGUGCCGAGAUCAAGACUUUCAUUCAGGAACCUUUGGUGGUAUCCUCCAUGAACCAAUGGCUGACUUGGUUGCUCUUCUUGGGAGCCUUGUGGACUCAUCCGGUCAUAUUCUGAUCCCUGGAAUCUAUGACCAAGUGGCUCCUCUUACUGAAGAGGAGAGAAAACUGUACAAAGCCAUAGAUCUGGACCUAGAAGAAUACCGGAACAGUAGCCGGGUUGAGAGAUUUCUGUUUGACACCAAGGAGGAAAUUCUAAUGCACCUAUGGAGAUACCCGUCUCUUUCAAUCCAUGGGAUUGAGGGUGCGUUUGAUGAGCCCGGAGCUAAGACAGUCAUCCCUGGCCAAGUUAUAGGGAAAUUUUCAAUCCGUCUGGUCCCUCACAUGAAUACAUCUGUGGUGGAAAAACAGGUGAAGCAGCAUCUUGAACACGUAUUCUCCAAAAGAAAUAGUUCCAACCAGAUGGCUGUUUCUAUGAUGCUAGGACUACAGCCAUGGAUUGCAAAUAUUAAAGAUAAUCAGUAUCUUGCGGCAAAAAGAGCCAUCAAAACAGUGUUUGGAACAGAGCCAGACAUGAUCCGGGACGGAUCAACCAUACCGAUUGCCAAAAUAUUCCAGGAUUCCAUCCAAAAGAGUGUGAUGAUGCUCCCGCUGGGUGCUGUGGAUGAUGGGGAGCACUCUCAGAAGGAGAAAAUCAACAGGUGGAACUACAUAGAGGGAUCCAAAUUAUUUGCUGCCUUUUUCCUAGAGAUGGCUAAGCUGCAUUAAUAAUGAUGAACCUUCCAGCUUAAAUCUGACCUACUGACAGAUACCUUCUUCUGCACACCUGGACAGGAACAGAAUCUAAGUAACCAGGGAAAUAUUUCCCAGUCCGGGAAAUAAUGCUUUCCUUCCCAUUUAAAAUGUCUUAGGACAUUUGGACCAGAAAUAAAAUAUCUUAAAGGCACAGACAUUGGGAAUGGUAUACUGUCCCCAUGGCACACCUUUCUAAAGUCACCGCUACCUGCAACAUCUCCCCCAGUUUGGCUCCAGGAGCCCCAGGAUUGGACUCACUCUUUCCUUGGAGCACAAGGACAUUCCUCCAUUAGACUCUCCCUGGCAAUUUGAUAGGUCUGAUCACACCAGUGUGCUUUUAGGUUCUGAGGUGCUCAUGACACAUCAUCAUUCCGUACAGUGUUUAUAUCAACCUUGCUUUUACCACACAUUUCAUUUAUUAGUAAAACUGUUGGUUCCACCACUGGCUACCAUGAUUUCCCUGUGGGUUCAUUUGUAGAGGAGUAACUAAAGCAUGAUGUCACAUUAACCUCUUGCUUCCCCUUCAUUUAUUUUGCCUGCUUCUUGGAAAGUUCUGAAACAGAAAUGAUCAGUAGUUGUGUCCUUAUGCCACUUGGGAUUCCCUGUAUGAAGAUGAGUACUUUUUCUAUUCCAAGGUUCUUUACCUUUUCUGGGAUUGAUGCCAACCAACCACCCCUCCCGCACCCUAUUCUUUGUAACCCACCACUGAAGCCCGCCCCCCCCCCCCAAUCUGUGCAUAUGUAAAGUCACCACUGCAGAAUCAGUCCUGAUAGAAUUUCUCUCACCCUGUUGGAAUUUUACUUCAGUGACUACAUCUAAAUUGCUCAAAGCUUUUAAUAGCAUCAGUUUUAGAUAGAGAACGAAUCUAAUCAGCCCUGACAUCAGUAACACAUUCUAAAUUUAAAGCCAUCAGCUAAUGCUGCAUUCAGUAAUCAUUUUAGUUAACCAUCUUGUUUGGCUUGAUUGCAUUUGAUGGUGUAAACAAACAAACAGAAAGAAUAUAAUUUUUCUCCAGUUGAGUGUAUGUAAACAAAUCAAUUUAAUCUUUAUAAAUUCAUUAUUUAAAUCACAUUAAUGGAGAAGGAUUUAAGAGUUUAUUAAAAGAUGUUUCUCUUAUGAUUCCAAAUAAAAUCAAAGUGUAACACAUUUAA